GUCGCGAACGCGCCACUGCCGCCGAGCAGAGUCACCCAGACGGCCCAAGUGGAAGAUUAAAAAACAAGCAGAUAACAGAAGACAGGAGUUAAAGAUCCAUGAGUGGACAUCGAUCAACAAGAAAACGAUGUGGGGACCCUCACCCGGAGUCCCCUGUGGGCUUCGGGCAUGUGAAUGCUACAGGAUGUGUAUUAAGUAAGUUGCUUCAGUUGCCUACCCCACCAUUGUCAAAACACCAGCUAAAGCGCCUAGAAGAACACAGAUACCAAAGUGCUGGACGAUCCUUGCUUGAACCCUUAAUGCAAGGUUACUGGGAAUGGCUAGUUGGAAGAGUUCCAUCCUGGAUUGCCCCAAAUCUCAUCACCAUCAUUGGACUAUCAAUAAACAUCUGUACAACAGUUUUGUUAAUAUACUAUUGUCCCACAGCUACAGAACAGGCACCUCUGUGGGCAUAUAUUGCCUGUGCAUGUGGCCUUUUCAUUUAUCAGUCUUUGGAUGCUAUAGAUGGAAAACAAGCAAGAAGAACCAACAGUAGCUCUCCUUUGGGAGAACUUUUUGACCAUGGCUGUGAUUCACUUUCUACAGUCUUCGUGGUUCUAGGAACCUGCAUUGCAGUACAGCUAGGAACCAACCCUGACUGGAUGUUCUUCUGUUGUUUUGCUGGGACUUUCAUGUUUUACUGUGCACACUGGCAAACGUAUGUUUCUGGAACAUUGCGAUUUGGAAUAUUCGAUGUUACAGAGUCCCAGACCUUAAUUAUAACAUGCCAGCUUCUCACAGGAACCCUGGGGCCCUGGUUCUGGAACUUCACGAUUCCAGUGCUGAAUAUUCAAAUGAAAAUUUUUCCAGCACUUUGUACAGUAGCAGGGACCAUAUUCUCCUGUACAAAUUACUUCCGUGUAAUCUUCACAGGUGGUGUUGGCAAAAAUGGAUCAACCAUAGCAGGAACAAGUGUCCUUUCUCCUUUUCUCCAUAUUGGAUCAGUGAUUACAUUAGCUGCAAUGAUCUACAAGAAGUCAGCUGUUCAACUCUUUGAAAAACAUCCCUGUCUUUAUAUACUGACAUUUGGUUUUGUAGCUGCUAAAAUCACUAACAAGCUUGUGGUUGCGCACAUGACCAAGAGUGAAAUGUGUCUGCAUGACACAGCCUUCAUAGGUCCUGCCCUUUUGUUUCUGGACCAGUACUUUAACAGCUUUAUUGAUGAAUAUAUUGUACUUUGGAUUGCUCUGGUAAGUGAUACACUUGUUUACCUCAUUAAGUAA